AUGGAAGCUCCCUCACAUUCCAUCGCUGUCGUGAUCCCCACGCUAAAUGAGGUCUUAGCUUUGCCGAAGACGGUCAGACGCCUGUAUCAGUCGGCCAACAAUCCUGAUUCCAUCGCAGUUGUCAUUGUCGACGCGUCGCCCGAUGAAGCACCGACAAGAGCCUGCCUGAGCCCCUCGUUGUCCACAGACCCUUCGCUCCAUCUCGUGCAUUACUCCGGUCAGCCCUCCCGUGGCCUGCAGAUGAAUUUCGGAGCGGCACACGCCAGCAAUAUAGCACCAGAGACAUCCGUGCUGCUAUUUCUCCACGCCGAUACGCUUCUCCCGCCGUCAUGGGACACUACUGUCCUGGAUGCCCUCUACAGGUCGCCGAAUCCACCUUUGCUAGGCUGCUUCAAGCUUGCUCUUCCACCUCCUCUGUCCCUGAGCCUGCGCAUCAUGCUGUGGUGCGCCAACAAACGUGCUGAACUCGGGAACUUGCCAUACGGCGAUCAGUGUUACUUCAUAACAAGACGCGGCUUCCAACAGGUGGGCGGCUUUCCACCGGUGCCUAUCAUGGAGGAUGUAGGCCUGUUACGGCGGGUUUCUCAACACGGCGGGCUCAUCAGAGUCGUCGAUGUAUGCGUCGAGACCAGCAAACGCCGCUGGGAGAGGAACGGCGUAAUAUGGAAUACGAUACUGAACCAGUUUUUCAUGACGGCUUGGCUUUGCGGCACACCUCCAGACAUCAUUUAUCGGUGGUAUUAUGGCCCACGAAUGCUUAAUACAAAGAAGCGAGAUUGA